AUGUACGGCGGCGGUCGCGGCGAGGGGAAGCACAUGCUGCCCAGUCACCAGCAGGGGUACCGGACCAGGGAUAUUCUCUUCCUGCUGGGUACCCUUGGCGUCGCGGGUACCAUCGCGACGGUUGUAACUGGCACUACAGUUAUUGGCGGAGGCGGUUUUCUCCUCCUCAUAUCGCCGCUCCUGCUGCUCUUCUCCCCGAUCCUCGUCCCGCUCGCCAUCUUCGGCACCGUCGUUGGAGGUGGAGGACUCUUCAUGGCGACGAUGACAGCCAUGGGUGUGGGGUCGCUCGUGUGGUUCAUCAACUACAUGCGCGGCAAGAAGCCCAUUGGGGCUGAGUCCCUGGAUUACGUGGCAGGCGGCGUGAAGGGCGCAACUGAGUACGUGGGGGACAAAGUGAGCCACGUCACGCACUCUGCUUAUGAGGGUACGGCUAGGGUUCUUGGGACUGGAGGAGGGCCGACCUGCAGCGCGGUAGCAGCGGCGGCGUUGGCGGCGCUCCUCGUGCUGCUCUACUGCCUCUCGCUCUUAGCCGGCGUGCCAUUGCUCGGGUUCAGCUCCGCGGGUUGCGCGCAACAGCAAAGCGACAUUCUCCUGGCGCGCACGGACGCGGACGUGCGCAGUUCCGCCAGCACGGCGGGGCUGUUCGCGGAGCUGGGGCGCUGCGAGGCGCAGCUGUCGCGCCUGCUGGGCGCGGCCAAGGCGCGCGCGGAGGGGCAGGAGGAAGGGGAGGCGGCGGGGAGGAGCGCGGAGCCCGCGGAAGGGGGGAAUCCGUUUGAAGGUGUGAGCGCCGCUAUGGUGGAGAAGGAACUUCUGGAACUCCGGCGCGAGGUGGCGCGGCUACAGGCGGAGAAUCUGCACCUGGAGAGCCAGAUGAAGGAGCGGGCAGCAUUUAGUGAUGACACUGUGUCGCAGGAGGCUCUCCAAGCAGCAGAGAAAGCUCUAUCUCAGUUUAACCCACCCGCCGCUGCAGCAGCUUCCCAAGCAGCAACCGGGCCGCACGCAUACCGAUGUGCCGCCACAGCAGCGGACAUGCGGCGAUUCUUCAACUUCACCCCGCGCGGGCCGUGCCCUGAUGACUGGCUGCUGGUGCAGCGGCUGGUGUUUGACAAGGCGUGCCACGCGCUGCCACGGAGGCGAUGCACUGCUGCGACGGUGGAUGAGGCGAGAGAGCCCAUGCCGGUCCCAGAAGCGCUCUUCACCCAGAAGGCCCUGCAGGACGGCAACGUGCGGUGGCAGCAGCACCGCUGCCACUCCUUCUCCUGCCUCAACCGCCAGAGCGCCACGGACUGCCGCAACUGCUUCAACAUGACGCAUGAGGCGCACCGCUGGCAGUGGCCGUACAAGGGCUCCAUUGCCAUGCAAGACGUGAUCGCCUUGAAGCCCAAGUCGCUCAGAAUAGGGCUGGACGUAGGAGGCGGGAGCGGCACCUUUGCAGCGCACAUGGCACGGUACGGUGUGACAAUCAUGACCACAGGCCUCAACAGAGAGGCAGCCGCUGCUCUAAAACACAAAUCAGGACAACAACAGCAACAGCAACAACAACAGCAACAACUAGCAGAAGAUGAAGCAGCAGCACCAGGUCUCCCUUACAUGGAAACUAUAGCAGCUCGCGGUCUAAUCCCGCUCCACCUCCCUCAUCAGGCACGAUUACCCUUCUUCGACGGGACUCUCGACAUAAUACACAGCAUCAACAGUAUCAAAUACAUGCCGCCGUUGGAGUUCGAAGAAAUGCUCUUCGAGUGGGACCGGGUGCUCCGUCCGGGCGGGCUGCUAUGGUUCGAGAUGUUCUACGCUCCGAAAGACGAGAUGGCGGUUUACGUGUGGGUGCUGCAGGUAUUGCGGUACGAGAAGCGGUAUUGGAAUCUCAUGCCGAAGACGGAUAGGACGGAGAGGAAAGGCCCGCAUGUGUAUCUGAACUGCGUGCUCGAGAAACCAGCAAGGGGCAGCCAAGGGAUGGAUGUAGUGCCUCCGGUAUCAUAG